UUGCUACAAGUCUCUCUCUUUAAAGAAAGGGAAAAAGGAAAAAAAGAAAGGGAAGGAGAGAGAGACUUGUAACACUUGUCCGCCAAUGCGAGGCCACACGAAUUUGGUGCGCCAAACUGCAACGGGGGUAGUUUCUCUCUAUCGUUAAUCGUUGCAAAAUGGCGGCAGACAAAACACCGCAGCUUUGGGAAAACCGUCAUUUUGUGGAAUACUUAUCUCCAAGUUCGAACGAUAUUUGUGUGUUAUGUCUCCAAGAUAUCAAGAAUAUUACAAAGAAACCCAGCGAUAUGAAAAUUAGAAUCUGGGAUGUCGAAAAAAGAGCCGUAACAAGAGCUGGUGAUUCGCUGCAGCAGUACUUGGGAGUUACUCUUACCUCUCUAGACUUUCGCAUCAUAUGCAAAAACUGCAAUCGACAAAUUCAUUCUGCACUCAAAGUGAAAGAGAAAAAGAAGCAAACAUUUGAAGAGGGUCGACUCGAAUGUUCGAAUUUCGUUAAAAGAAGUGUUAAGAGACUGGCCCUUAGUAGUCCUAAUCAAAUUGCUGAUCAGGAGCAGAAAGUGGUCAGGAAACCAGCUAAGAGAAACAAGCUGAAUUUCACAGGAGAGACUGUUGAAGCAGAUGGAAAUGAAAAUGAUCCUUCUGGUUCAUUAUCACUAGCUGAGGAAAUUGGCACCAAGAGGGACGCAGGAGUUAUUGAAAGCUGUUCGUGCUUGACAACACUGCCUGCCAGUUAUGUUUCAUGUGUUCGUAAUAUGGUAGCCAAUAAUAUACCUGCCAUAGCACACUGCAUUUGGGCCGACAAAAAUUUGAAAGAAGAAAUACGAAAGCUUUUCUUUCAAGAAAUAGAUUUGGAAUUGAAAAACUUAUGUUCAAAUUCAGAUACCAUCUUUCGGACAGAAUGUGUUGAUUCCUUGGCAAAAAAAAUUGACUUUGAAGCACAAGAAAAGAACUUUUGAUCAGAUGCCCAACUCUCUCAUUCCCUCAAAUUUUUUCUUUUUUCUCUUUCUUUAAAGAGAGAGACUUGUAGCAAGUCCACCUAAGCACAAGCUAUUGCUAAAGGUAAUAAAUUUAAAAGUUCAAAAGUUAGAGUUCACUAAGCGAUUUGCUCUGUGAUUUGGAGCAAUGAAGUGGACAUACGUAGAACAAGGGAAGAGCAAGAAGACUUCAACCAAAGGUGGUGCACAGAAAUUUCGUGAGGAAAAGCUGCGAGACUUAAAAAAGGAUUCAGCUACGAUACAAAGCUUUUUUAUCAAGCAAAAGCCACAAACGUCACAAAAAACAGCAUGGUCUUGCUCUUGCUCCUUUCAAUAAACUCAUACAAGUUAUGACUAGCAAACAGGCGUCAAACAUAACAGACAAGAACGAGUAUCUGCUAAUUUCCUCCUUCCUCUUCGAUUGUCUUUGGUCAGCAUAAAAGCAGUCACCAGGCAUCCUCUUUCAGUUAGUUCGAACAAGACCAGAUUGAUUUCCUUCACUCUGCAGCAUCAUCUCACAGAUAGCAAAAUGAAAGCAACUUUGGUUAUUCUCUUGCUUGGCCUGAUUGUCAUCUCACAGGUCGAGUCUCUCACCAGUGGUGGUCUUCAGAUGUGGGGAAAAAGAGCUUUACGUGAGAGGGCCGAACAAGCAGAGACAUUGCAGAAAACCGCUUGUGCUUUUUGCAGAAUGAACGUACAUGUGUGCGAAAACCUCUCGCGAAGAUCUGCUGAAAAUGCAGAGAAAAAGUAAAGCUUCGAGCUGGCAAUAACAACACCAGUGACUUAUUUGUAACUAGCAGAAUAGACUUGAAAAAUGUGUAUUUGAAUGCAUCAUAUCAAUUAAAAUGAUCGAGUCCUCUA